GUACACGUGAUCUGUCUAGUUUAUCUCACGCCUUGAACCUCUCCAAACCAUCUUGAACCAUCCUAAAUCCAACCUCGACAUCCAUCUUCAAUCGGCAUCCUAAACCACUCCAUCACACCGUCAUCCAUUUACCCAGGUCACAUACGGUUCCGGUGAUCCCGAAUCCGAACGAGAGCAGACAGACCCCUCCACAUCACAAACAUGGCACCGACAACGACCACUAAGACCGUAAAGGGCUCUCCUGUACGUGGCGAGACUGUAACGUCUCCUCGCGCAGAGGUCGAGACUAACGCCGAGCAGCCCAAGGAGGCCCCUACGAAGAAGAAGUGGUCCGACAUCACAGACAGCAUCGACAAGGCUACAUUCGACCAGAUCUUGGAGAUGGAUGAUGACGACGACCAGGAUUUCAGCAAGGGCAUUGUCUUCGGCUUCUUCGACCAGGCUGAGAGCACGUUCGAGAAGAUGGAGAAAGCGCAGAAGGAUGAGAACCUCAAAGAACUGUCACAGCUCGGCCACUUCCUCAAGGGGUCCUCGGCUACUCUGGGCCUGAGCAAGGUCAAAGAGGCGUGCGAGAAGAUCCAACAUUUCGGAAACCAGAAAGACGAAACGGGCUCGACUGACGAAUCGGACGACAAGAUCUCGCUGAAGAAUAUCGAGAAGACCCUGACCGAAGUAAAGAAGGACUACGAGGAGGUGGAGACCUUCCUCCGCCGGUAUUACGAUGACCCUGUGUCCUGCAACUAAAGAAGAAGACAAUUCAAACCUACCACCAAACAUCUCAAAACAACCAAACACACCCACCGGUUGAACUGGACUGGACUACGGAAGAACCAAGGUAGAUGGCAGUCUCAUUGUUGUCUGAUGGACAUAAUACCAUGUGCUCUGAAAAUUGGCACAUUCUCGCGCUCACCACACUAUCACCCUCACCCUCAAAGUCAAGCCAAGCCAAUC